GGAAAGGGUCCCAUUGAGGCUACUGAGCAGAGACAUGCCUCCCUGAAGGCUCCCAGUAUCUUACCCUGUCAUUCUGUCAACCAGCCUAUGAUGACCAGUCUUAAGCCCAUUGAUGCCAUGGUGCCCUUUGGUUGUGGUCAGUGUGAGCUUAUCAUCAGUGACUGUCAAACUGGAAAGACUGCUGUCACCAUCGACAUGAUUCUUAACCAGAAGCAAUGGAAUGAUGGUAAAGAUGAGGACAAAAAGCUCUACUGUGUCUAUGUCACUGUUGGCCAAAAGUGUUUGACUGUUGCUCAGCUCAUUAAGACCCUCAAGGAAAAUGAUGCAAUGAAGUACUCCAUCAUUGUUGCUGCUACUACCUCAGAAGCUGCUCCCCUGCAGUACCUUGUGCCAUUCUCUGGCUGUGCCAUGGGUGAGUGGUUCCAUGACAAUGGCAAGCACAUCCUCAUAAUCUACAAUGACUUGUCAAAGCAGGCCAUUGGUUACUAUCAGAUGUCUCUUCUCCUUCGUCAUCCUCCUGGUUGUGAAGCUUACCCUGGUGACAUUUUCUACCUCCACUCUCAUCUCCUUGAGUGUGCUGCCAAGAUGAGUGAUAAGUUUGGUGGUGGAUCUCUGACUGCACUACUUAUCAUUGAGACCCAAGGUGGUGAUGUCUCCACUUACAUUCCCACUAACAUAUGUGAUAUUGGCAUAAUGUUACAUUUCUUGAUCCUCAUCUCACAUAUAGGUCAUUUUGAUCACUAA